AUGGCAUCUUCAAUCCCAGGGAGCUGCUGCUUCACCGGCGUUCUCCACGAGGGGAACCCCAAAGGGGAGAUAAAACAAAUCAACAACAUCAGAGCCUACAUUGCCCACCCUGAAGGUGACGAAAAGCCCAACAAAGCAGUCAUUCUGUUGAGCGACAUAUUUGGCAUUUUCCCCAACAGCCAGCUUGUGGCAGAUGCCUUUGCCGCAAACGGCUACCUAUGCGUACUCCCUGAUCUGUUCAAUGGCGAUCAGAUCAGCAUCGGAGACUAUGAUGCCAAACGGAUCGACGUGGGCGCUUGGCUUUCCCGCCACACAGUUGAUGAUGUAGCCCCGAUUGUUGAGGCCGCAAUCAAGCACCUUAGGACAGUGCUGCAAGUGCAAAAGGUUGCUGCGGCUGGCUACUGCUUUGGUGGCAAGUACGUCGUCCGGUACCUCAAGGUAGGGCAACUGGACUCCGGCUACAUUGCUCAUCCGUCAUUCGUCACGAAAGAGGAAUUGAGCGCGAUCCAGAGGCCUCUCUCCAUCUCUGCUGCAGAGCACGACCCGAUCUUCACCACCGCGAACCGCCACGCAUCUGAGGAGACUCUGAUUGGCACUGGACAGGAAUUCCAGAUUAACUUGUUCAGCGGGGUUUCCCACGGGUUCGCCAUUCGGGGAGACCUCAGCCAGCCACGUGUUCGGUUUUCGAAGGAACAGGCGUUUGCGCAGGCGGUGUCGUGGUUCAAUCAUACAUUGUAG